UUAGAGCACUAUAAAGGAAAUUUUUAGAAUUUUCUAGUACAAUUAUCCUCUGUGUAGUCUGUGAACUGGAUUAAAUGAUCACAAUUGUGUUUAUAUUUCAAUACUGAGCCUCCCUAAUUGCGAUAAUUGCAAAAGUAGUGACCAGGAAAUGGAGCAGUUGAAAGUGUACUAACUAGCAAAAGCAGUCACCAGGAGGCAAUAUGUCAUGUUUGUUGUUGCAAAACAGGAAAUGCUUCUUUGAGAAAUUGGAUUGCCACCAUAUGAAGACGUUUGAACUGGAUCAUGAGUUUGACUGGCACUGGCGCUGAAGAGGAUAAUCAAGAAUUAGCCACCUGAAUGGAGGGUUUUCAGGAGCUCACCAUUUGGCAAAAAGUCCAGUUUUAUUACCAAGGAAUGCUCGAAAAUGGAGAUAAGAGGAUAGAAAACUGGCUGCUGGUCUACUCCCCGGCACCCGUCACCUUUAUAGUUAUGUGCUACCUGGUCCUUGUUUGGGUUGGGCCGAAGCUGAUGGCAAAGAAGGAGCCCUUCAACCUCCAACUUGUCUUGAUAGUUUACAAUUUCACUAUGGUCUUCCUGUCUGCAUACAUGUUCUAUGAGUUUACGGCAGCUUCCUGGAUGGCUCGUUACAGUCUGCUGUGCCAGCCAGUCGACUACAGCGACAGUCUACUGGCCAUGAGGAUGGCCAGAGUGUGCUGGAUGUUUUACCUCUCCAAAUAUGUAGAGUUCUGUGACACAAUGUUUUUCAUAUUGAGGAAAAAGAACAGCCAGCUGACCUUCCUCCAUGUCUACCAUCACAGCACCAUGAUCUUGAACUGUUGGCUGGGGUUAAAGUACACGCCAGGUGGCCAGUCUUUCAUGUGUGGCAUGCUCAACUCCCUGGUGCAUGUGGCAAUGUAUCUCUACUAUGGUCUCGCUGCGUUUGGCCCACGUAUGACCAGAUAUCUCUGGUGGAAACACUACCUCACCAUCUUACAGCUGCUUCAGUUUUUCCUGUUAAGCAUUCACACUGUUUACAACUUGCUCGCUGAUUGUGACUACCCAGACUCCUUGAACUUGAUUGGGUUUAUCUACGCUCUCACCAUCAUCGCACUCUUCAGCCACUUUUACUACCGCAGCUACCUCACAUCGAAGACCAAUGACCUAAGGAAGUGUAAGAGUCAGCCAGCAUGGGUGACGACGAUGGUGGACAACCCCAGAUCCGUGCCAUCUCCCACUUCUUUGGAUCCAGGCUGGAAGCUUCUAACGGGUGACAAGUCCAUGGAACUUGGUGGAGGACCGCAGGCGGCCCAGAAAUCAGGUAGCCAUCUGUCCCGUCUUCUCAGAUUGCCAGGAACUUUACGACGUCUUCUCGACUCGUUCAAUGGCGGCAUCUCCUCGACCUACCUCGAAUUCCCAGCGCCACGAGAAGAACUCGCUCCGUACCAUAACUCUCAAGACCUGGGGAGGUCGAAUCGUCAAACCUGUCUUCUGUACCUACGGAAUACCAUGAGUAAAGCUGUGAGCUGGAUUGAAUCAUAUCUGCAUGACCGAACACAAUCUGUAUCAGUUAACAACUGCAGAUCAGAGUCUCUUAGGCUAACCUCUGGAGUCCCUCAGGGAUCAAUAUUGGGCCCCCUUUUAUUUAGUCUUUAUAUCAACGAUUUGCCCACUGUUUGCUCUGAAGCAGAGUGCGUAAUGUAUGCAGACACAGUUUUCUUUGUUCAUGGUCGCUCCAAAGAUACUGUUGCUGCUAAACUCACUAAUACAAUGUCCUGUGUCACAACUUGGUUGCAGGAGUGCUGUCUACAGCUAAACGUUUCUAAAACUGUAGGCAUGUAUCUCACUAAAACAAAUAGAGUAUCACCUGACCCCGACAUACUUGUUAAUGGAGAAAAAAUGCAAAUUGUCAGCCAAUACAAAUAUCUUGGGUUAAUAAUUGAUUCACAGCUUUCCUUUAAAGCCCAUAUUGACAAAUUGUGUAAAAAUAUCAAAUUAAACCUCGCAAAUUUUCGUGCAAUUCGGAAUGAAAUGUCAACUGAAGCUGCAAAAAUUUACCUGCAUUCGAUGAUUCUUAGUCACUUUAACUAUUGCAUAACCAGUUGGUCCCAGGCUGGUCAGAAUGCAAAAAAACCAUUGGAAGUUUUGUACAAACAAGUAAUUAAAGUGAUGGAUAAAAAACCAAGGCACUAUCAUCACUGUGCAAUUUAAAAAAAAUACAGUCUUUUAAACUGGGACCGUCUUCACAUAUUUGCAGAUUUAAAUUUGAUUUAUAAAGUACUGCAUGAUUUGGCCCCAGCUCCUCUGGCUGAGUUCAUCAGCCAAAGAAACAGCUCUGAGCGUGUCACUCGAGGCUCUGUCAGAGGUGACUGUCUCAUUCCUCUGCGCAGGAGCACUUUCAGUAAGUCAGCCUGGUCAGUGAGGAGCGCUGGUGAGUGGAACUCAGUACCUAAGGAGGUUAAACUGCUUACAACAUACAAGGCCUUCACAAAAAAACUGAAAAUGUGGCUAGUUAACACCUAUAGCUGCCAACACUAAAAGACAAGUAUGUUAUGUUGUCUUUUUGUUAUGAUCCAAAAAAUUAUGGUUUUAUUCUCUCUUAAUAGUAUAGUUUGAUUAUGUAUCCUGUAUUAUAUUGUCUUGUAGAUGUAUUUUACUGCUUUUUUACAUCAUGGCCAGGGGACUACAGAUGAAAACUAGCCUUCUGGCUAAUUCUGGCUUUUUUAACCAUGUGUACUUCAUGUGUUUUAUGAAAUUGCAUUGUCCCCUUUCAAAAAUAAACUGAACUGAAAGUAAGUAAAGACAGAAUCUCUCCCGCCGCAUCAUUCUUAUGAUUACGCUAUCGAGCUAGUUCCCAAUGCUUCUUUUACAAGCUAUAAAGUUUCAAAACCGCUUGUGUUGGGGCUCAUUUGUCCUUCAUCCU